CCUUUCUCUGCGGCUGUCACUGGAAGACUUCUGGGCUCCCCUCUGGAAGAAGAAAGCCUCCCAUCUGAACAGGCUGUCCCUUCCAUCCCUCGUUCGCUCUCGGCAAACUCCUCCAAGCCUUUCCAUUGUGCUCCGCCGCCUUAAUAAGACCGUCCUCUUCUUUGUAGUGGGAAGACUUGCUUGACGCUCUCCGAACCUCCAGCUGCAAUGGAGCUGUAUGGAAAGAUGGCCUCUGCCCAAGAUGCCAGGUUUGGCCAGAAAGACUCCUCCGACCAGAACUUCGACUACAUGUUCAAGCUGCUGAUCAUUGGCAAUAGUAGCGUGGGCAAGACAUCUUUCCUGUUCCGCUAUGCAGAUGACUCCUUUACAUCUGCAUUCGUCAGCACAGUUGGCAUUGAUUUCAAAGUCAAAACUGUAUUCAAAAAUGAAAAAAGGAUCAAGCUUCAGAUUUGGGACACAGCAGGCCAGGAAAGAUACAGGACCAUCACCACAGCCUACUAUCGAGGGGCCAUGGGCUUCAUUUUAAUGUAUGACAUCACAAAUGAAGAGUCUUUCAAUGCUGUACAAGACUGGUCAACUCAGAUCAAAACAUACUCUUGGGAUAAUGCCCAGGUUAUCCUGGUUGGAAACAAAUGUGACAUGGAAGAUGAACGGGUCAUUUCAACUGAGAGAGGCCAGCACUUAGGAGAACAGCUUGGCUUUGAGUUCUUUGAGACCAGCGCCAAGGAGAACAUCAACGUGAAGCAAACCUUUGAGCGCCUCGUGGACAUCAUCUGUGACAAGAUGUCCGAGAGCCUGGAGACCGACCCAGCCAUCAUGGCCGCAAAGCAGAGCUCCAGACUCAAGGAAACGCCUCCUCCGCCGCAGCCCAACUGUGGCUGCUAAUGUCUCCCCUGCAGGAGCUCCCAGGGGCUCCCAGGAAACAGCACUUAGAAAUGGUCUAUUAGCCUUCACUUAUACUGCCUAAUAAUUAUCUGAAGGAAGUCUUUGAUGUCAGUGGCCCAUAUAUGCAUUCGAGCCCCGAGCAAUUUCCUGUGCAAACUCUUCCAUUUGUAAGGGUUGUUCAUCUAUAAACUCCUGGUAUUUGCAUGUAACUUGUUAUUUAUUUGUCUAUUAGAUUUUUUUUUUUUUUUUUUGCAAUUUUUUUUCCCUCACUUAAGCUAUUGCUGAAACCUCGGACUACAUAAUUUUGAUGCAAAUAACUUUUGUGCCACGGAUUAAAAUCAGGCUUCUCAUUCGUAUGGAUGGUGACCUAGGAACCGUGUGUGUGUGUGUGUGUGUGUGUGUGUGUGUGUGUGUGUGUGUGUGUGCGCGCGCGCGCGCGCGCGCGCGCGCAGGCGCGGUCUGUAUGCAUGCUGGGAACAGGGGGAGAUGUCAGGAAACUUAGUUUUCUUUGCCUUUGGCUAAAAAGGAAGUGAGACUUUUGCUCUUGGUUGGAGACCCUGUCACAGGUCUGGGCAGUUUACUCUUAGGAACUGUAGAUGGAUUGCACUUUCAUUCAUAGUAACUGAAGGGUGUAUUGACUUUAAGAAAUGAGGGGCCACUCAGGAGGCUGAGGCAGGAGGUUAAUGAGCUAAAGCAGCCUGAGCUACAAACCACGAAACUCUACCUUAAGAAAACAUCUAAAAAGAAAAGGAAAUUGAUAUGUUUUUAAGGCCCAUGCAAGUUGUCUUGAACCAGACAUUUCGUGCCCCACUGCAAAGCUCACCUUCCCCCUGAUUCUGCGUGUGUGAGAGCAGUGACCCAUGAAGAGACAUCUCCUCAGUGCCAGAGGUGCAACAAGCCUGUAACCGGAAGUGCUGUGAGUAGCCAUGGAAUCCCACGGCCUGAGCAGCCUCUGUUCCUUAACCCCACACGGUAAAGCUCCAACUUGGCUCUCUGGAACCAACAGACAUUCUGGACUAGAACUGGCCUUGAAACCUCCUUAGUGGCCCUCUUCCCGUGUAACGUAGGCAGACUUCUCAGCCAAUGAUUUCCACUCCACCUUCAGCUAAGCUUUUCCACCCAUUUAGAAGGCAAUUGGUAACCUUCCCACGAGUCCCACAUCGCGGAAAAGACCAUUUUUAUCACCAUGUUUUUCAGAGGAUUUAGAAUUCUAAAGUGUGCCCUUCUUACAUAAGUCUCUAAACAUGCUGAAGUUGCACAGAAGAUUCCAGAGCUGAGUGGUACAGAAAAUUGAAGAGUUGGAGAGAGGGAGGAGACACUUGGACAUCCAGUCUUUUCUUCUAGGUUUCCUGAAGACCAUCUAGAAAUAUUACACAAAAACCUGGCGAUGUAGGCAGACACCUUUGAUCCCAGCACUUAGGAAGCAGAGGCAGGAGGAUCUCUUGAGUUCAAGGCCAGCCUGCUCUAUAGAGUGAGCUCCAGGACAGUCAAGGCUACACAGAGAAACCUGGCCUAGAAAAACAAAAGAAAAGAAAGAAACCGCACACAAACAUCAGCCCUUCCCUUCUGGGCUGAGUGGCAGGAGAAACUUGGACCUCGCUACCUUCCAGAAGUAUUUGAGGAACACCGUCUGAGGACAUCAGUUUUUGAAGAACAGGACAAUUUCUUGUUCAGUGGCUUUUUUCCUUUUUGGUAGUUGUAGAAAAGAUCCCUCAUCCCUUCAAAAAUGGAGAGAGAUCUCCUGAAAGUAGCACAAGCUUGCUGGACAUGGCUAUCGAUGAGACAGUGUGUGCACGUUUCUUUUCACAUGCUUAGUUUCAAACUAAUAUAAAUUAGUGGUAAGUUUCCACUUUGGACACCUGAAGGAGCCAGCCUUGACUCACCAAAGAUAAGAAGACACUAAUUUUUUUUUUUUUGAGGUUAAUGACACCUAGAUUCAAGAAUCAUAGAAAUUACCAUGAAGGGAAAGAGAGAAGCAGGGGUCACAAAGCAGUAUUUCUUUGCAAUGGGUACGUAUUCGUAUGACAUUGUCCUGCUUCUCUCACACGGGCCAGAAUGUGGUUGUAUUAAAUCCUACAGCUCUCAAGCUCAGUUUUACAAUCCAGUACAAAACAACGAAGCCAGGAAGCCCGGGCCCCUUUGCUCACGUGCAUACAAUGAGCCUAAGAGGCCUUGCUUGGGUUCUUCAGAUGGCUACUUCAGAAGGAUGUUGGCGCAGGUGUUCCAUGAAAUGAGAGCAGGUGGGAGAGAAAGGGAAACAGCCACGUUUGCUUUCAGGACAGAAAGGGGCAGCAGUAGCCCUAGUGUCAUUUUGCCCCAGAACAUUCAACAUUCCAUACCUCCUAUUUUCUAAACUCCCGCGAAAGUGCAGUCCUCCCAGUUGAUUUUGAAGUAUGAAAUUUCAAACCUGCUGUGUGUUUCAUUCCAAAUACUUGGGAGAAAAUUUUCAGAGACUUGCCACUGAGACGAAGAGAAGGCUGCCCGUGUUUCUGUUGCCACUCAGGAAGGGGGAAGAAUCAUCAAAUUUGGCAAAUGGAAACCACAUAAUAGGACAUCUGUAACACUUAGGUUUACAAUUACUAUCACCCUAAUCCUGAAGGUUUCAACCUUUAGCCACUACAUACAUACUACACUCCCGUCAUCAACCUAAAUAUGAGUUGGACCUUAUGAUGGUCCUUAUGACCCAAUGACGUGACUAAAUUUGUAUCUAAAAAGAUGUUUAAAAACUACAUAUUUGUCUUUUUGGUAGGUCUUAGACAUCAUUUCUUGUUGCUAAUGCAAUUAAGUUAGUAAACUAAGUGUGCCCUCCCCUUCCCAUGUGGUCACCUGGGCACCCCUGCCCAUCCGCUGUCUCAGAACUGAACCCUAACUGCUUCAGGAAAACACUCUCAAGAGCUCUGACUUUGGUUUGUCUCUUUCCUUUCCUCACGCUGGAAUACUGGAAGCUAUUUCAUCUAAGUAGACAUCUUGCAGCAUGAAUGGCCGUGGGAGGUUCACAGGGUGUCCUCAGUUCCAAGAUGGCGAGCUAACCACAAGCCUCAAGUCCAUGGGCUCAAAGGAAGAACUGCUUUAUGACUGGGACUCAGUUCCCUGCCGUUACCCCUGCCAAACAGCAUCUACUGCCAUCCUGAGCUUCUAAGGACUACAAGGAACAAGAGAUGUGUGACAUUCCUCCCUGGGGCCACUGAAUGUUUAGUGUUGCUUGCCGCCAGGUAAAUAAGUGCUGAGAUUGCAUUAGAAAAGGAGUGUCAGUUGUGGUAACAAACAUGAAAUAUAAAUUCUACAAAAUUGAAACUGAAGUUAUAUAAGACAUCAAUGGGCUCAAUUAAAAAAUGCGUUUAGUUUCCUUCCUUCACCCUUAUCCACAUUCACAUAUUCAGCGCGUUUUUCUUUCUUUCGUUUUUGGGAGGUAAUUUAAGCUUCUAACUUUAUGUUUGUAACAACAAUAAUUUUAAAGUAAAAUCCAUCCCGCUGUUAACUGAACUUCUUCUAAGCAACACUACCCACAGAGUGUUGGAGUUAUUAGUGGCUCAUUGACAUGCUUUAUCCAGUGUGUACCAGUCCUUUGGUUUUUGUUUGGUUUUUUUAGUUGCCUUUGUGGCACUUGUGGCACUGUAUUAAAAAUCUAUACAAACCUGAAAGCUUCACCAAGCCGAGAGAGCUGCUACAUGGGAAAAAUGGUGACAUGAAUGACCUUAAAAAACAUGACCCAAACCACUCUAGAUCGAAAAGUUAACGUUUAUCGCUGACUUCAUCACAAAUGUUGGAAUGGUCAAUCAGAUACCUUUGGGUGCGCCAUUUUUGCAAGCUGACCCAUCUGUCCGGGGAACUGUCUGAAUUUUAGUCUUCAUGACAGGCCCCUUGGAACCUCUUUUGUGUGCACACCAGUGUGCUCUGUGAGGCUACCCAGGAGGCCUUUGUGCUCACUCGCAAUGGCGCCGUGCUCACACUUCUUCGACCUGCACUGUAGUUUCCUGCCAGUGGUCUCCCUGGUAUGCUAAACCUCUGAAGAGUCAAACCAUAUUUUUUAAAUUUUAUUUAUUUAUUUUUUUUUCCUAGAAAUCAGUUCAGACAUAAACCUGUUUUAUACCCUGGAGUUUAAUGAGGACAAAUUAGGUAGAAGUUCAAUUAGAAUAAUGUUUAUGAACAGAUGGGAGGGAGGUGAUCUUUGCCCCUAUACUGCUCCUAAAGUGCUCUAGAGUCUAGAUCUAUAGUAUCCCCAAGGGAGAAAAACAAGUCGUGGGGAUUUAUAUGAAAUUUGCUUACGCACCGUUAGCAGUAUCUCAUAAAUAAAUCUAUUUUUAAACCAUCCAAGAAAUGCUUAGCACUCCCAUAACAUGUCUCCCUGCAGCUUAUUGACAUAUUUAGAGUUGAGAUCCCCUCCUACCACUGCCUCUCCCAACAUGCUCUUGAAAAUACCGACAUCUGUUCUGGUGAGGAGAAAAUUUCCCAUUCCAUGCAGGGAAGAGGGGCCAUCUUGCUCUGCACCAUCUGUAAUCACCUCUUACUUAGAAGUUCAAUGAAAUCGAUUCUUCAUGGGCACUUGCUUAGUCUGUGGCCAUGACUUCUAAAACAGAAAGAAUGGAGAGAAGGUGCACUUUGUAAACCUUGGAGGUUACAGGAAUGAGUUGCCUCAAAACCACAGCUGGGACCGGAGUGUUAAGAUUAGAUCAUUGCACAUAAGGACAUAUCAGGUUUAUUCUGCACCGUUCUUUCAUACUUCCGGAUUUUUAGAAAUCAUUAAGGAUAUUUUAAAAGCACUAUCCUCGCUGGAUGACAUCAGGCGUCAGCAUUAAUUUCCCUUCAGCAGCUGUUACUCGUGGAGUUUCCAUCGGUUAUUACUUGCUGAAGUGAGGCUGGGAACAACCUUUGUCUUUCCUUCACCCGUGUUCAUUUUUCCUUCACUGUGGACAACUGAGAGUUGCUGUGGCUUUUUUGUGUGUGUGUGUGUAUGUGUGUGUGUAGUGGAAAUAUCACCAUAUUCUUGUCAUUUGUGGCUAAGGAUUGCUUAGGUUCGUGAAUGCUGUUCUCCUAGAGACAGACGGUUACCUGAGCAGCAUGUGUACCUGGCCAGUCAGGGAUGUGAGCAUGACCUGUGUCUUACUAGUAAAUCCAUAUUUCCUGUCAAAGUGAAGUGUAAGGGUUGUCUGCCGUGUCGACAGGAUGAUUUUCCGUGCAUUUUCCAUCAUCCCUAGAAAGCGUGCUGAAUGGGAACUAUCUUGUAAUCCCUGUUAAUAUAGUGUUAAUGUCAGAUGUGACGUGAUGCCAUUGGACUGUCCAAAUGUCCAACUACUUCAUGGUGUUUGUAGAACUGAAAUGUCGUAAAUGUUGCAUGAAGUAUGUUCUAAAAAAAUAGAUUUGUUUUCUAUUUUUCAACGCCUCAGAAUUGAGGGUUCAUGGGCCAAUAAGUGCAAUAUUUAAUGACUUACUCAGUGUAUAUAAACUAGCGUGGAAGUGUGUGAGACGCUCUGAUAGCUGUGUGCUUAUUCAAAUGAUUUCUAGUAGCAGUAUUUGUCUAGUGGUGCAAUUUAUACAGUCAACAUUUUACUGGCAUCAUGGAAAACUCUGUGCCUACUUAAAAGUACCUUUUCCCCCAUUUAUAAGCCAAACAUUUAGUAUCUGAAAACACAUGUCAGUUUUACGUUUUAGAAUCGUGAGUUUUUGUUUCUGAGAAAGAAUGACUGUGAGUUUGUUUUUAUAAAAGUAUUCAUUUCUAUAGUUCAGAGUUUUUCCCCUAAUAUUCGUACAAGAGUGUAUUUAGCAGCUAAUUUAGAUACCUAAGGAAAAUAUGCAUAACCAGAAGUCACCUUUUCUCCUCAGAAAAGUUGAUCACAUGUUCUGUCUUUGGAGAUCUCCACUCCUGUAUUGUAUGUAUAUUUUAUUGUUACUUGAUUUUGUUCUUUAUUUGCAAGCUCAGCCAUGUCAGCCUUGGAAUCUCUUAGCAUCAUCAGUGUCUUUUAGUUUGUAGAUAAUGCUGUAUCUGCCUUCAACUCUCAACUGUCCACACUGCUGAUAUAAAAGAAAGAAAUAGCAAUCGAAAUCCUUAAUCCAUUUUGAAGUCUUAAUACACACACACAUACUCAUCCACAAACACACAUUAAAACUUUUUGCUCUGAACCAUACUUACUGUCCUAAAACUUCACAAGGUUGUACACAGUUGGACUAUCAAAAGUUAACCGUGUUUAUGUGUAUGAAAGGUAAGCUAGAUCACCCCUUUAAUUUCCAAUUCGCUGUGUCAAUUAUUAGGGCAAAGCCACAUUUUAGUAUGGUCCUAAUCUUUUUUCAGGUGCCUAGCAAGCCAUUAUACCUUUAGGAAGUAUGAGUCAGUCACUGAAAUUAAUGGAGUGCAGUUGGUUUUUGAUGCCAUUCUCCCUGUCCACAGUAAGCGUUCUCGUACCUGACUCUCUAUGGUACAUGACCAGAUCUAUGAAGAGUGCCAGUCAUAUUGUGAUGUUAGCUUGGGUGGGCAGUAUGUGGCCCAAGGGUAACUGUACCGGGCUGGAAGUUCUACUCAUCUCUUACAAUCCACUGAAGAGGUGCAGUGAAAAUGAUGGGUCGGAGAUAGAGAUAGCAAAGACUUAGUGCCAAAUUAAAAGGAAAAUCAAAGUAGGAGCAGGUAGCCGAUGACACAGUGAUGAUUUAAGAGUGUGGUUAAAUGUUUCAUUUGCUGUCACAUGGCCCCUGAUUGCCAGGUGCAUUGGGGCAAUCUAACAUGGAAGGCAUGUGGUAAACCUAGACGGUGUAAUCCAAGCGGUAGAUCAUGACAGCACAUAGGAGCAAAGAGCAUGCAGACUUGUAAGAACUGUAAGAGUCAAGGAUGGCUCCUCUGAAGCCGUCAGACUCGAUCCCAGAAAUAAUUAGGUGGUGCGGAGCCUGUGCCAAGCAUGCGAACGCAGAAGGCCUCAGGGUGUUCCCUGAGAAUAGAAGGCCAACAGAGUUAGCAACUGUGGAGACUGAAACCCACAAAUUGCCCAGCUUAGCUCUCUGCAUUCUGGUCUACACGAAGACAGCAAGCUGCUCCAUUAUCGCAUUUCCCUGCACGGGGCAGCCGCAGCUCAGCCACAGAACGCCACGUGCUUUCAAGACACUUUAGAGCAGUUAAUUUAGACAUUUGCCAAUGAGCCAAACCACAAGGCAUUGCCUCGUCCCCCAGGCAGAUACGUCGUCAGAUUUUUUUCGUUAGCUCUGGGUUUUGUUUAAGGGCAUUAGACAAUGCACAAAGAAAGACUCUCCUUUGUGACCGGGUACUUUGGGCUCCUUCUUGGUGACGACACUGUGGAAUGCUUCUCGAGACAAUAUUUAAUGCUUUCUUAUAGUGAUCGUGAUGUUUAGUUGAAAACGGCGGCUGCAUAGCAAGUAUCAUGACUUUUCCUGUGUCCGCAGAAGCUCUUGUCUGAGUUUAAAGCUAUAAAGCAUAUUCACAUUGUGAAAUUAUUAGUAUUGAAAUUAAUUGUGGAAAAUGGUACAUGAUCUGUUAGGUAUUUAGUUUGUGUGUGAAUUCUGUAUGAAAAGUAGUUUUGUUCUCUGAGUUUAUCUUGUUUUAUUUUUUGAAGAUUAUAAUAAAUAUCUAAGAGACUAUAUU